UCGUCUCAUCCGAAACGCCGUCGUGUAUUCUCCGCGGAGCUCAGGAUCUCCGCGUUUUGAGGAGGCCUAUAAAUACCCAAAACAACCUCCUUCUCCUGUCUCCACCAAACGCCGAAGACUGAUCGGUUUUUCUCAUCGUCGACGAACCGUACGUCCUUCUUGACUCUCUCUCUCCGGUCGCACUUGCUCUUUGCUACUUUCUCUCUUCUCGGUUCUUAAUGCUAGCUGCACCAUGGGCUCAACAGAUGGGUUAGUAGAUGCACAAGAGAAGCAACCUCUUUUUUCUUUUGGAGUUAUAUCUGACGUUCAGUAUGCUGAUAUUCCUGAUGGUCGCUCAUUUAUUGGGAUUCCACGAUUUUAUCGGCAUAGCAUUAUUGUAUUGCAGAGGGCAGUUCAAAACUGGAACCACCACCAGAAGCUUAAAUUUGCAAUCAAUUUUGGGGACAUUGUUGAUGGUUUUUGCCCAAAGAACCAAUCCCUUACUGCUGUGAAGAAAGUUGUCAAUGAAUUCUCCAAAUUCAAUGGCCCAGUCUAUCACAUGAUUGGCAAUCACUGCCUCUACAAUCUUCCACGCAGCGAGUUAAUUCCCUUGUUGAAGAUUCCAAGUCAUAAUGAUCAUGCCUAUUUUGAUUUUACACCAACUCCAGAAUACAGAUUCAUUGUACUGGAUGGCUAUGAUAUCAGUGCCAUUGGCUGGCCUCAAGAUCAUCCAAACACUUUGGAAGCCUUCAAUUUUCUUCGUGAAAAGAACCCAAAUUCUGAAAAGAACAGCCCAUCUGGACUAGUGGGCCUUGAGAGAAGGUUCCUUAUGUUCAAUGGAGCAGUUGGGAAAAAACAAUUGGAAUGGUUAGAUGGUAUACUUCAAGAAGCAUCUGAGUUAAAACAGAAAGUGGUGAUCUGUUGCCAUCUACCUCUAGAUCCUGGUGCUUCAAAUCGAGAAGCUCUUCUUUGGAAUUACGAUGAAGUGAUGGAUGUGAUACACAGAUACAAUUGUGUAAAGGUUUGUCUAGCUGGACAUGAUCACAAAGGUGGGCACUCAAUUGACUCCCAUGGAAUACACCACAGAGUCCUUGAAGCUGCCCUGGAAUGCCCUCCAGGCACAGACGCAUUCGGUUUUGUGAAUGUUUAUGAUGACAGGCUAUCACUUAUCGGUACAGAUAGAAUGCAGAGCACGGACAUGUGUUUUGAGCCUCAAUCAGACUUAUGAGAAUAUGUUAAAGAACCCCGAUACUCAUCUGUUAAUUACAAUGUGGAGUGUACAUUAUCUCCACAAAACCAUACAUUUGGAAUCAUUGAAAGUGUUCAAGAUUUAGCUGGUUUCCCUUGCAAAAUAUCAGAGACUCAACAAAUUCUGUUGCUCUACCCAAUUCUGCUUAUGAUGGGUAUACCUGCAUAUACUCUCUGCUAGAUCUUCUUUCAGUUCUAAUAUCCCAUGUACUUCAUAUGAUAUUUGUAUCUUUUUUCUCGAUCUAUAGCUACCUGUGCCGGCCUUGUGAAACACCAGCCAUGCAUGGCCCUUUUAAAA